AUGCAGUACUCCAUCACUCUCCUCGGUCUCGUCGCGAGCGCCUCUGCCCACUGCCUCAUCACCUCGAUCGAGGGCGCCAACGGAGUCACCAUGCCUGGACUCAGCGUCGCCGACGGCACACCUCGUGACUGCUCGUCCAACGGCUGUGGUUCGCAGGCGGACACAUCCAUCAUCAGGGACAGCGAGAUUGCCAGCGGCGAGGUUGGCCCUCUGGGACGCACCCAGGGCAAUGGGCCCGUCGACCCGAACACGAUGAUUGCCGCUUUUAUGAGUGGUGCUCGGGCCCCGACCAACGACGGCGCCGCCGACUCCACAGGCGUCGAGGACGACAUCUCCGCUCUCCGGGGCGCGAGCCGCGGCCGCGGCCGUGGCCAGAAGGCCCGCCGCCAGUUUCUUGGUCGCCUCUUUGGCGGCGGCGGCGGCGGCAACGCCGACGGCCAGAAGAAUGAGUUCUCUGUCGAGAGCAGCGUCGCUGCCACGGCUGGCGACGGUGCCACGAACGGCAUGCCCACGUGCUCGGACAGUGGCGAGAUUAGCGUCACCAUGCGCCAGAUCAACCAGGACGGCGCUGGACCCAUGGAGGCCAUGGUCGACGGCACAUCGGGCGGCACCGACAUUGACGCCUUCCAGCGGGCCGAGGUCACCCAGGACGUGCCCGGCUUCGUGGCCGGUCUCUCGCUGACCACGACGACCGACUUCCCCAUGAAGAUCCAGAUGCCUGCCGGCAUGACCUGCGACGGCUCCGCGGGCGGCGUGGACAAUGUCUGCAUUGUGCGCGUGCGCAACUCCACGCCCGCCGGCCCCUUUGGUGGCUCCGCCGCCUUCACCAUGCCCGCUGCCGCACGCAAGAGGGCGCUGGCCUACAGGCUGAAGAAGCGCAUGGAAAUCGGCCGCGAGGAGUAA